AGAAUAAAUUAGGGUUUUGAGCGAGUGGAAAUGCGACUAACCUUGUUAGUGGGAUUCCUUCUGGAAUCUAAGUGAUGGAACUGAAAGUUUAUGCUGACCAGCAAGCAGAGAAACAAUGAUCACGCAACUGAUGCAGUUUUCCAAGCUCAGCCGGUACUUCCCCAGAAAGUUUGUUUUCAUCCACCUGAAAGUUUUUUAGAUUUCCAUAUUCUCCCCACUUGGGCGAGAUCUCACCAACAAAUCGAUUUCCACUCAGGUUGACAUAAGUAAGAUCUGGGUAAAUACCGAAUGCAUUCGGUAUAUUUCCAUCAAAUUUAUUUCCAUCCAGCCGAAGUCUGACUAACCCAGAGCAGCUCUUCAAACAAUCAGGAACAUUUUCGGUGAAAUUGUUCCCAUUAACUGUCAAUAACUGAAGCUGUAACCCACUGCACAACCCUGGAGGCAACUCCCCAGAAAAGCUAUUGUUUGAAAAGUUAACAUUGUAAAGAGAAUGGAUUUUUUCGCCAAAGUUUCGUGGGAUUUCCCCCGAAAGAUCAUUGGUAAACACAGAGAAUAUUUGCAGAUUGAUGAGAUCUGACAAAGACUCAGGCAACUCACCGUGGAAUUUUAAGGAUUUUUGAUGGAUUUAAAGGGUUCUAGAUCAAUGAAGACGAAUACAAAGUUUCUUGAAUGGAGAAGAAGAAAGAUGGAGGAUCAAUUUUUUGAAGAAAUACGUUGUGCUUGGGGAAGUCAAGCCUAACAAUGGCGUCAGUUGAAUGCGUAAGGGCAUACUGGUAAUUUACCACAAACGGCACACUGACGGUAGUUGUCAUUAAUGGUAUUCUGUGCUAACGGACGUAAACUUAAUGGUAUACGGUGAAUUAAAACAUUUCGUGUGGUAUAUGGUGAAUUUCGAAGAAACUCAGUGGUAUAUCAUGAAAUAUCCGUUAUUUUUAAAUAAUUUCUUAAUUUUAUUUUAUAAUAUAACAAUUCUUAACAACUACUUAAACUUGUCCGUCAAAUGUUUAGAUUUUAUGCUAAUUUGAAUAAUUUCUUAAUUUUAUUUUAUAAUAAUAACAUACUCCAUUCAUGAAAUAAAGAUUUUGCUUUGGUAUGAAUAAUGAAUAAUAUGUAGUGAGUUUCAGGGUUAUUUUUAUUUCUAUCCAUAUGACAUGUAUAUGAUGUGAUCAUUGUUUCUCUGCUUGCUGGUCAGCAUAAACUUUCAGUUCCAUCACUUAGAUUCUAGAACGAAUCCCAUUAACAAGUGUUGCGUAUUCACCAUUCCUCACCGUUAUUCUCACCGUCGUCAUCACGGAUGUUGGCGACUUCAUGGUCUGUUCCAUAUUGCUACAUCAAUAGAAUUCAUCGGCGGCGAAGUUUGAGUGCGCUUCAUCAUCAGUUUUGCAACAAACAUACAUUAAGGUGUCACUGCACCAAUCAGGAAAAUUGUAAUUUAGGUUUUCCUACCUAUCUUUCUACUAUGCCGGGAGGGGAGCUUGGUGUGCCACCAUCAGUUGUUCAGAACACAGCAGAAUCCGAUGAAAACGAGGAGUUCUGGGUGUGGGGCCAAAUUAAGGCUGAAGCACGUCGUGAUGCUGAUUCGGAACCCGCACUUGCCUCUUAUCUCUACUCAACAAUCCUUUCUCAUUCCUCUCUCGAACGAUCACUCUUCUUUCAUCUUGGCAACAAACUCUGCUCCUCCACUCUGUUGUCGACCCUUCUAUACGACCUCUUUCUUAAUGUCUUUUCAUCUGAUUCUUCUCUGCGUGCUGCUGUUGUUGCCGAUUUACGCGCUGCAAGAGUCCGUGACCCUGCUUGUGUCUCCUUUUCUCACUGCCUCCUCAACUACAAGGGCUUCUUAGUUUGUCAGGCUCAUCGUGUGGCACACAAGCUUUGGAAUCAAGACAGACAGCCCCUUGCACUUGCCCUCAACUCUCGAAUAUCCGAUGUUCUCUCUGUUGCUUAUAAAUACCCCACUACUUUAACCCACUAUAACUAACUUCUUAAUUUUCGUGUCAAAAGCAAAUGAGGCUAAUUCUUUAGAACGGAGGAAUACCCUCAAGAGUUACACCUGAUGCUCAUUGAAAAUUUAUCUAGACUAGAUGUUUAUUUUUAUGUUAUCUGUGUGCUGAGGAAAGACUUGUACCUUGUCUAAGGAUGAUUUUGGAUGAUUGACAUUAAAAAUUGAAUGAAAUGCUCUGGGAACGGCGAAUAUGGUGGAAGAAUAUCAGUUUUGUGCUUGUUCUAGUUAGAUGAUUGAAGUAUAUUCUCUUCUUAAAGGAUUGUCUUAGUGUCUUAUUUUAUAUUGUUAUAAAUGGUGAUUCUAACUUCAGCUCCAGAUAAGCUUCUGUUUGGGUUGCAGGAAUCUAAUGAUGCAUGUUGUUUGUAAAUGUUAUCCUGUUUCUCUAAUAUUGACAGAUUGAGGUGUGGCUUCAAACAUUUUCUCCUGGAUCAACGAUACCGAUUCACAGACACUCAUGUGAAGAAGUUUUUGUUGUCUUGAAGGGCAGUGGUACACUUUAUCUUGCGUCAGACUCACAUGGAAAAUAUCCUGG